CAGUCAAGCCAAAUUAAACCAUCUCUCAUAGAAGUCCAUCAAUGCAUCCAAGGUAUAAUAAUAAAUUCCUGAUCCUUCAAAUUACAUAUAUAAAUACAAAAGCAGUGCAGUGUUUGGUAUUAACAUAAACCAAGCCAAAAUAAUAUUUUCAUAAUCCUUGAGCAAUAAUGCCGCAGAAAAAGAAGCAACUUCGUUUUAAGAUCCCAUGGAUAUCAUCAUCAGGAGCACGUGCUCCACCCUCAAAACAAAAAUCAAAACCUGAACGGCCACCUUUUCGGCCUCCAGGGAUAGCACCUGCACCUGCAUUACCACAUUCUUCUCCUUCUUCCCAAUCUCAGCAGCAACAAGAACGAGAAGCACCUUCUCAUCCAGCACAGUCACCAGCGUCUUCUGUGAUUCUUGAUUCCCCAGUGUCUUCACCUUCUCGAACCCCUCACUCAGCAGAGUUCAAGAAGGAACCGGAAGAAGCAAAGGAGAUAGUGCUGGUGAUGGAGCACGAAGCAAUCAAAGAAGAAUCCAUAGAGAGGAAAAUGAUGUUUGCUACAUCAUCAAGCAGUGGAAAAGACAUCAAAGUUGUGAGUAAUUCAGGCAACACUUCCACUAUGAACGUAACAAGCACAACCAUACCCCUCAAAGAAGAAAAACAACACCAUGUUAAUAACCAACUGCAAAAAGGCAUCAAAGAAAACAUCUCAUGCUUUGUUCAGAAACUAGCCACUGUGACCCCAACACAACCACCCACGGAGGUUGAUGAUGACCACAAGAGCUUUAGUGUUGUUACACUUGCUGGCGACAACAAAGGCGCAACAAUGCACGUGGCAGAAGGUUCCUCCAACAAAACCAAGAAAGACGGUUCAAUCCGCAUUCACAGAGCCUACAAGAAGAAGAACCCAGAAGAAGAAGAAGAAGAAACCACAGAUGCAGGUGAUGAGAACGACGCUUCUGCUUCCGAGAAGAAAGAUGAUGAUGAUGAUGAUGAUGACGUGGCUGCUAACAAGGCGUACGUGAACAGUAACAUACAGAGCGUGAAUAACUCGGUGAUGGUGCAAGGUUCAGUUAGUGAAAGAGACCCAGGUGUUCGCGUUGCUCUUCCUAAUUAUCAGCAGAGUCAUGAACCGAAGGCUCCAGCUUUGGAGACAAGGAAGGUUGAAAUGAAUGGUAACCGUGUGAGUUACCCGAGGCCUGUGGUUCGACGACGUUGCCUGAGAGGUUUGUUCAUGGAACCGAGUGACUCUGAGCCUGAUAACCCGGACAAACCUCGCCGUCAUGGUUGCAAAUUCCGCUGUGGAGAUAAUAAUAAGGCUGCUGACAUCAUGUAACUCAAACCCCCCAAUAAACCAAAAUUUUACAUGAUUGUUAUGGUUCACUGAUUACUGA